AUGGAGUUGCUCUAUUUCCAAUUGGUGCACAGCGGCGCACUGUUGAAGGUGUCCCGCAUUGCGGCUGAGGCCGUCUAUGGUCUCCUCCUCCUGUAUGAGCUGCACCUCCAUCUCAGAGACACGACUAGCGAGACGUUUAUUGUCAUCACGGAGCUCGUGCACCUGUUGCUCAAGUCUUUGAGUCUGCUGUUGGAGGAUAAAGCAGCGCCAUUGGCAGAAUGCGUGAUGGGUGAUUCCAUCUUGUGUUUUGGCUUUGAGCAAGGCGACGUUUGUCUGCUUGCGUUGUCGUAA